AUGUCGUACGAACGAGAUAAAACGCCAUACGAUCGAGAUAAAACGCAAUACGAACGAGAUAAAAUGUCGUACGAACGAGAUAAACCGUCGUACAAACGAGAUAAAAUGUCGUACAAACGAGAUAAAACGCCAUACGAACGAGAUAAAACGUCGUACGAACGAGAUAAAACGCCAUACGAUCGAGAUAAAACGCAAUACGAACGAGAUAAAAUGUCGUACGAACGAGAUAAACCGUCGUACAAACGAGAUAAAAUGUCGUACAAACGAGAUAAAACGCCAUACGAACGAGAUAAAACGUCGUACGAACGAGAUAAAACGCCAUACGAUCGAGAUAAAACGCAAUACGAACGAGAUAAAAUGUCGUACGAACGAGAUAAACCGUCGUACAAACGAGAUAAAAUGUCGUACAAACGAGAUAAAACGCCAUACGAACGAGAUAAAACGUCGUACGAACGAGAUAAAACGCCAUACGAUCGAGAUAAAACGCAAUACGAACGAGAUCAAAUGUCGUACGAACGAGAUAAACCGUCGUACAAACGAGAUAAAAUGUCGUACAAACGAGAUAAAACGCCAUACGAACGAGAUAAAACGUCGUACGAACGAGAUAAAACGUCGUACGAACGAGAUAAAACGUCGUACAAACGAGAUAAAGCGUACAAACGAGAUAAAACGUCGUAA